AUGGGUGAGGUGGAGCUGUCUUGUCGGGCCUAUGUGAAGAUGUUCCUGCACGCCUCUCUGUUCCCUCGGUGCAGCAUCAACGGGCUGCUGCUGUCCUCCAGCUCUGCAGGCGGGGCUGUGUGUGUGACAGACUGUGUCCCGCUGCUUCACUCCCACCUGCCCCUGGCUCCCAUCACCCAGCUGGCCCUGACACAGGUUGAUGUGUGGUGUUCACAGACUACAAGGAUAGUGGGAUACUAUCAGCCAACGCCUGUGGUGACAGACAGCAGCCCGACACCAUGUGCAAUGAAGAUAGCGGAUAAGAUUUCUGAGCAGUUUGACAGAUGCAGUUUUGUUAAUCUUGAUGGCAGUAAGAUGAGUUCAGACCGGGUUCCUCCCAUCGUGAUGUACGAGCGCAAAGAUUCAAGAUGGCUGCUCAAAGACAAACACACGAUAAUGCUGAGACAGUGGGACGAUCGGUCGAUAGCCACUCAGAUGCUGGAGUCGGGCGACCACUCGCUGUUGGUGGAUUUCGACAGCCACCUGGAUGACAUCACAAAGGACUGGACCAAUCAGAAACUGAAUACUAAGAUCGCCGAGCUCUCCUCUCCAGCCAAGGGAACAUCUAGACCGAGGUGGAGCCGUGUGUGUGGAGUGCAGAUGAAUUGAUGUUCUGACCCAACAUGUGAUUUUUAUAACAACCACACAGAGCUUGCUUUAUAUUUUAUUAGACUGAACAGGGCAUAACAUAGAACAUGCAUAAUAACAACAUAUUUACAUUUUGUAGACCCCCCCCCCCCCCGAGUGUGCCUUGUUGCAGCCCUUCUGAUUUAAAGGAAACAUUUACCUUAACAUAUUGCAAUGCACCUGUGGUAUUUUGUCUUUGUUAUAUUUAAUUGUUAUUUCUAUGUUGAUUACAGGCUCCAGGGGGUGGACAUAAUAACCGAAACACCUUCAAAUUACAAAAGUACUUGCAUUAAACAAAACUUUUAUGAGUGUUUCAGGUUAUCAUGAUUAAGGGUGAUGCUGAGCCUUUCAAUAAAGCAUUUCUUUGUGCAAACACUUUAAAUGCUCCUACAAAACCCUUUAUUAAACAGUAGUUUUUAAUUGUUUAUUAAUAUGUAUUUGUCAAAAACAUAUGACUUCCUGUGUGGCACCCAAGAGUGGGGGGUUCCUGUAUAAACAGACUACCUACACAUGUAUAUAAAAAAUAUGUCUUGAAAGGAGAAGUACUGACAAUACUAAAAACAUUGAUAAACACUUAAACAUGUCCAUUAUAUCUGCAUACAGUUACGGCAUAGUGUACAACCCAGGAUAUUUAGUUGAUAGUUAUUAUCUUUAAAUCUAUAUUUUAAAACAAUAUAUAUUAAAUGCUAAAUAUUCGACGCGUCAGCAGACUGUUUGUACUGCAAGACUUUGUAUUGGAACGGAGGACUGUUUCUGUUUCUCCAUUACCUAACAACUAUUGUAAAACAGUUUCAUGUCAUAGAGCAGAGUCAGGACUCUCAAAAAACUAAUCCCAAGCUUAAUCGUAUUCCCUCCAUAAAGGUACAUUAAGGUUAACUGGGGUACAACUUGUCAUUUUGGCAACUUUGAUAACAUAUUUUUUAACAGCAGUGUAAAAACUUUUUUUGACCUUUAAAAAUACAACCCAGUUAUCGUAAAUGUGUAACUGUUUGUGUUUAACUACAACAACCUAACAUGAUGAAUGAGAACCCUAAGAUUUGGGAGUUAACUAACAGACAUAACAUUAAAAAAAAGUGGUUAUUA